AUGGAACAUAUGGCUUGGAAAAGUGUGGAUAGCACGAACUUGGAAUCCUUUAGACUUGACAUUCCACACUUUUUCCAAGCUUGGAACAGGAAUCUUAGUGGUUCUCCUCCUGAAUUCAUUAGUAAACUUGAGGAUCUCAAAGUUCUAAGCUUAGCGAAUAAUAACUUCGGAGGGACUAAACCCACUGUGUUUCUUUCGCCUCGGCUACGGAUUCUUUCUUUACGGUCCAACAAGUUCAAUGGGUCAAUCCCUAAAGAGAUUAGUAAUUUGCAGAAUAUCCAAAUAUUAGACUUAUCCCAAAACAAUUUCAAUGGGGAAAUUCCCAGGACAAUAGGAAACUUACAGAGGCUAAUAAAUAAACCUACUGAGUUAUUCCCUAUUGGCAGUGAAGUUGGUUUGCUAUUGCAGAUGUCGUUGAAGGGGAACAUGAUCCAAUUUCAGAAUUUGUACAGCUUCAGUUCAGGAAUUGAUCUUUCAUGCAACGAUCUUCAAGGAAACAUCCCAGAAGAGAUUGGUCUACUAAAAGGGCUCCCUACGCUUAACCUGUCACAUAAUCGCUUUUCCGGCGUAAUCCCACAAAGUGUUGGAAGCAUGAGCGAUUUGGAGUCUUUGGAUUUGAGUGUCAACCAAUUAUCUGGUCAGAUCCCACAAUCUUUGGCAUCAAUGGAUUCUCUACAGCUUCUGAAUUCAUCUUAUAACAACUUGAGUGGAAAGAUCCCAGGAGGACCUCAUUUUGAUACAUUGAGUGGAGAUGGUUCAGCAUUUGCCAACAACAGUUUGUUGUGUGGCUUCUACACAAACCACACUUGCAAGGGUGAUCAGAGAAGUAAUGCUACUGAUAGUAAUACUCCAAAUGGAGGUUAUGAAGAUGACAAGGAGGAUGUAAAAGAUACGUUGUUGUUAUAUGCUAUCAUUGCUUUGGGAUUUGCUGUUGGAUUUUGGGGUCUAUUCUUUGUUUUGCUUUUGAAGAAAGAAAAUUGGUGGUUUGCGUAUUGGAGAUUAGUAAAUGUCGUUGCAGUGAGAGUUGUUAACUGUCUAUUGAAAGAUUGA